UGCUCUCUGAAGAUGAUGCUGUGUUCUCAGCUGCAGAUCCUGCUGGUGGCCGUGUCUGUGUCAGUGCUGCUGGCCCGGGCUAGUGGAGCCCUGCAGAGCGAUAGGCUGGCUGAGCUACUGAGGACUGACUUACCCGAGGAAAAAGAGGAGUUCUCCAGCAUCUCGCUUCUGAAAAUGUUUUCGGAUCUCCUGAAGCCAGAGAACGCCAUCCUCCCCGCCGAGGACUCUGGGAUACGAAGGGAUGCGACACGUCAGCUCCCCGCGCCGCAGCGCGACCGCAAAGCAGGGUGCAAGAACUUCUUCUGGAAGACGUUCACGUCGUGUUAAUCCGCGGGGACAAAAGUAGUCCCUGUGACCUCACGAUGACCCCACCCUCCCGUCUGUUAAACCUACCUGUAUAUAAAAUGUACUCACUCACAGGAACAAAACGUGGAUAUGAAUGUGUAAUAAAGAUAUGAGAAUACUGCCUUUUAUUUGUUAAUGAAUUAAAUAACAGAUCCGUUUCAGUGUUAAUAUGGGUCUUUUAUUUGU